AUGGCUCCCACCAGCACAUCAAGGGGAUCCCGACGGAGGCGGCUUCUUUUGAGGCCGUGGCAGAAAGAGGCUCUGCAAGCGUUGUUCCAGCAGAACCGGUACCCUGGCAUCACCACCAGAGAACGACUGGCCCGAGAGCUAGACAUUCCAGAGUCCAGGAUCCAGGUGUGGUUCCAGAACGAGCGCUCGAGACAGCUCGGGCAGAGCCGAUUGGGGUCUGCAAACUCCCAAGGGGAAGGGCCAUCGUGUGGACAGGAACAGCCUCCAGAGGACAGGAGAAAACGGACAGCCAUUUCUCCAUCCCAAACCAGUCUCCUCCUUCAAGCCUUUGAGAAGAACCCAUUUCCUAGCAUUUCUACCAGAGAACAGCUGGCCAGACUCACAGGCCUCCCGGAAUGCCGCAUUCAGGUCUGGUUCCAGAACAGAAGAGCUCGGCACCCAGGGCAGAGCAGAAGUGGCCCCUCGAAUGACCGGGCGGCAAACCAGGAAGCCAGGGAAUGCCAGCGGCAACAGGAGCACCCUGGCUUGGUACCCGUGCCCUUCCAAGGCUAUCCCCUGUCUCCAGAUGACAAUCCUUGCCAACCAGUACAGGAGGCAGGGCCCUUGGGUAGCCACUAUGCCCCACAGUGGUUGGGCAAGGGGUCCGGAAUUGUCGUGAGCACAGGACAGGCUCCGGAUGCAGCAGCUGGGCAGCCUGCACACGCUGAGACCCCUGGCUGGCGGUGGAAGGCCCCCCCUGCUGCUGGGCUCACUAGUGCACUGGACCCACAGCACCCAUCUUCUGCAGAAGCCUCAAGUUUCUUAGAGGAGUUUCUAUCAGCCACAGAGAGGGAAGAAGACACACAGCCUUAUCCGAGUGGGCAUCUGUGGCAGGAGGAGCCUCCGGGACCCUUGGAAGCACCCCUCAGUGAGGACGAGUUUCAGGACCUGCUGGCCAUGCUGCACGAUUCCACAUGGCCUCACGCCUAG